UGUUCUAACUAAGUAUUUUUUGUUAGUGUUAAUGCCAUUUGAGUGAAAAGAAGUUACUUUACUCUUUUAGGAUUGGAUUUAAGUAAUGCAGAUAGCAAAAGGGAUUUUUCAUGCUAGUUUGCAUAAGCAGACUACAGUAGAUUUUUGUCCUUUCAAAGAUUUACUAAAACCAGAGGAGAAGAAGUAUCCUACAAUUUAGUUAAAAAAAGGUAAAGAAAAAAUUCAGCCAGCCUCUUGAGGUGUAAGAAAAUGUAGAAUUCGUGAGCAUCAGUUGCUGAAAAUUCUUGUGUAAUGUAAUUGUUGGAGGGUUUAUAUACAUUUGCCAUUAAAUAUCUAUGAUGUUUGAGUAAUGUCACAUAUUAUGUAACAUAUUAAUAUGUCACAUACUAAAACUAUGUGACAUAUGUCACAUAUUAAAAAUGCAUAUAUUUUAAGUUUUGUCUGGAGAGCCUUAAUGUUUUGGAAAUGCUUUUAAGUUAAACUUAGCAAACCUUAUAUAAAAGAAAUAAGAAGUUUACUUCAGUUAUGUGUCCCAAAUAUACUAGCAUUUUUUUUCUGCUCAUAGUUGUUCUAAUUAAUGAGGAGAACAGUUGAAUGAAUGGGGUUUUGUAGAAAUUAACUUUUAAUUAAUACAUUACAAUAAUGUAGUGUAAACAGAGCUUACACAAUAUGUAAGGCUUGAUUGCUCAAAUCAUGCUUCAUAUCCUGGAGCUUUUGGAGUGGGAAUGCUGCUCCUUCUGUUAGCACUUUUCAGGAGGAAGCCUGGAACAUACCACUUUGCACAGUCAAAAGUAUAGGUGAGUUUUGAACAAAAGUGAUGAGUGCUAUGUACCAUCAGUAAGUCUUACUUGGAGACAGAAUCUGGAAGCUUAACAUUUGCUUUUGUUCACAGAAUUUGGUUCCAGGUAGUGUUUAAUAUCUGCUUGAGGUUUUUUCCCAUAACAUUUGCUUGCUUUCUUGUUUUCAACAUCUAAAAGUCUUUUAAAUGGUAGAAAAGAUGAGUCAAAGGCAUAUUUCCUUAUGGUAUUUAAAUUUCUUGGGAAGACUUUCUGUCUAAAAAUUACUGUGUGAUAAGAGCAUACUAUCUUAAGGAUCAGAGAAGGUUAUGGUCUGAGGUUUCAGUGGCUGCAAGGUACUCAAAUGGUCUGCUAAUUCUUUAGAAGGCUAGAGUAAGCUGCUCAAAUUAAUUUGAGGGAAUGUCCAAGUAUAAAUAUGUGUGUAUUACAGAACUGGGUAUGAGAAGGUAAAAUUAUUCUGAUAAUAAUCAGUUCUGUUUAAAAUAGGUCAAGUGUUGUCUAUAUUCUAGAGUGUUCUGCUAAGUUGUGGUAGCUGGAGUUAUAGUGAUAGUUAAAUAACUGAUAUCUCACUUUGACCUUUUGGGCAGCAAAAUACCUAAUUUUAUCAAAUGUUUUAAAUUGCAAAAUAAAACCAGCUUGCUUCAUUUAUUAAAAUGCUGAAAGAAAUUGAUUUCAUUGACUGCUGGUACUUCAGGGGGGAUAGUGAGGAGGAUGAUGACUAGGCUUCAGAGCAUCUGGAGAUGCAGUGUUAUGGCCACAGUGUACCAGGCAGGGCAUGCCAUGUAAAGUGCAUUUGAAGGCUAAAAUUGUUCCUUUACGAAAAUGCUAGCUGCAGAGAGUACUGGCUUACAUAAAAUGCCUGUCAUUGGAAAGGUGAGUUUCAGAUGAUCUGACUGGAGGGUAGAUUUGCACAGUUUUGGUAUCAUAGUAAACAGAGAGGCCUGCUGAAGUGAGAGCUGUGCAGAAAGACAGUGUGAUAGUUUCUGCCUCUGCACCAUACACUGCUUGUGCUUGUAAUUGUCACCGGAUUUGUUGCUCAGGUGUGUCAGAAGUCUGGCAGCUGUCAGUAUUGAGUGCUCCAUAGUGAUUUCAUGAAGCAAACCUCCACAAAACUCCAGUUCAUGUUUCCCUUCUAAUUAAUUCCUUGGGUCUUGUGCUUUCUGCUGCAUGCUAUUUUGCAGAUUCGGUCGAUUUUCUGUUUACUAGCUGAUUGAUUUUUAUCCAAAAUCUAAGCAGUCUCUCAGAUGCCAGUCCUUAGCAGCGCCAUGUGUUCAGCUUGUACUGAGGUGAUUGGACACUUCCUGUUCUGCAUGUCCUCGUGGUACAGUGCUGCAAGUAAGGCUCUUAGUCCUUUGGACUACCAACAUCUCAACUGUUAGUCUGUUAUCAAGCUGCUUAUCAGUAACACUCUAAAGCACCCAUUACAUCAAUUGUACUACACCAUUAAAUAGGCUUCCUGUUUUUAUAGAAUAUACAGAUUGAGAUGGGGAAAGAGUUUAUGUGGUGAUCUGUGGCAAAACAGCCUGUGCUGCUUUCAGUAAGGAGAAAACCUACAUCUUUGCAAGAAUGCAGGAGGAGAUGUAAUGCCUACAUCAGGUGAAUUAACUAGAUUAAAUUGUUUUUAAAGUGUACAUACUUGAAAGGAGGAAGAGCAAAGCAGAGGUGGUUAAUAUGAAGACUAUAUAGAUUUUUGUAGGGGUCUGAAACUGAUAGAUGUUUCCGUCUAAAAUGAAAACAUUGUCAUAAACUCAAAUGAAAACUUUUGGGAUUAAGAAAUCAACCAGCCAAUGAAAAUAUAACUCAACUUGUUUCACAUAGCUUCUCUCAGAAGUACCAGUUUUUCAGGUGCAGGUUUCUGACUCUUCCACCAUACUAGUGCAUUAGAUAUGUCAAUUGGAUGUGUGGGAACAGGCAGAUAAAUGUGAAUCUGCGUGACUGUGGAAACUGUAAGCAUAUGACAGCUUGUAACAAAGGCUAUAAUUUAUUUCCUUUCUGUUUCUGAUUUGAUUUUCUUAACCAGGUAAAGAUCCUAUUAAAAUAAUGAUAGAGAAUUCUACCUAUGUGAAUCUCAGAGGGAAAACAGUCCACAUUUUUUUUGUCUUGCAAACCAGCUUUUAUGAUAGAACACUUGCCACCUUAUACAUAUUGAAACACAUUCACCGCCUUUAUACUCCAUCUUGGAAACGGUGUGCGUGAUUGUGUGCCUACACAUAUACUCUGGAAGGUUCUCUGAUACUCUGUACUAGCUCUUGAGACCUUUUUCUUUUCAUCCAUUUGCAUAUGAUUUUAAGCUUUUUUCAACAGGGGUAGUAAGGUAUUCUUUUUGUCCCCGACCCUUAAAUGUGACUGCAGGAACAUGCAAAAUGUAAUUUUCAGAUAACUUUUUGUUUUAGAUAGAAAAACAAGGACAAAAGCCUCUGCAGAGGUAAGAACCAUGCAAAAAUACCUGAAGAGGCCUAAAGGAAGCAUGGUCUUUUACUGGUGUUUAUUAGAAGGUAAAAUACUGAAAAAUACAUUUUCCUGUUUCAGGAAAUUAGCAAGUAAUUUUUUCUUGGUUUCAAAAUAUGGCACCAGUAGGUAAAUAAUUUUGUUUCAAAGCAGCACAAGGAUAACAAAAAUCUCCCUGUAGCUCUUUCUGCUUUUAAAUGCUGGGUAGGGCAAAAGCAAUGCACUGUGGCAACAUUGCAUCAAUGCUGGCAUCUUCUUCCUGAAAAUCAUGAGUAACCAAUAUCUUAGUUUUAGUAGCCUCUUCGCUUGAAUUUGAUUGUAAUGAGAAGUGGAAAUAAAUUCUGCGUUUUUACAGCUUUGCUUGCUGUAGUUUGUAUUUGGCCGGUAUAGUAAACAAUGCAAAUGUGCUUUUAGUGAUCUGGUUUAGUUUAGACAUACUUACAUUUGUCUUUGUUUAUAAUGAUGAAUUCAUGUAUUGAAAUGGUUUGGCUGGAAUCAGCUGUUGUGCUAAGGAAUUUGUCUGAUGUUAGAACAAAACAGAAAUAACAUUUACUCAUUAAGCAGUGGAGAGGAAGCUCUUAAAAGAAGAGAAAUCAACAAAGUCAACAACUGAAGGCAGCCAUGAAAUAGGAGGUAAUCAUGGGAACAUGCCUGGGAGGUUCCUGGAGCCAGCCUGUGACUUAAAGUGUGGAAAGCUUCCUAUGAGACUCUUCCCCUCCCUAACAUGGUUUCCCAUUGGAAAAUACUAAAUUAAAGUAAUAACAGUGUUCAUAUAGCAUAUCCUGUCUACUCCUCCCUUUCCCAUGUUGUGUCCUUGACAUCAGCAGCAUAACAAAAGCACAAAAUUGCAGCAGGAAAAAGUCCUUUUAUGUGCCACCCUUGGGGAAAUGUGGGUAAUUCCAUUCACAGUUGCUGUUGAUAUUCUGUGGAUAGCCUGUUGGAAAGGAAAGGUCUAAAUGCUUUUAACUUCCAGCCUUAAAUGAAAGGUUCUUGCUAUCACCCCAGUCUUGGCAGUGACUUGGGUUGGGUGGGACUGUGCCUGCUUUGUUGUUGCAAACCUGUAGUCAAGCUGCUUGAACCACACUAGUUGUGAUUUGUGUUGCUACCAACCUAAACAGCAGAAAGAGGGGCAGAGUGUCCUGAUGUGUGUGUCACUCUGUGCAUGUGAAUGUUAUAUAUAUUGUGGGUUUUGUACUAUGAUCUGAGACUUUCCUUUUUACUUUUCCUGAAAUAAAGGAACAGUUAUAACAUUUUUUCAAAUGAGGAAAGUAAAGACUGGUGAAGAGGGAGAGAAUCAAGACUGGGCCAGGAGUGUGGAUCAGAGUAGAAGAUUCUCUUCCCUGUCUUUCCACAGAGUUCCUUGGUUAAAGUGAACUGUGCUGACAUUGCUGAGAGUCUCUCCUUGUGGGCAGAGCUUGUUACUUGCUCAAAGAGCUCAGCAGCUUGGUGCAGCCAAUGCUGCUGCGACGGCAUUGCUUCCCUGGGCUACUCAGUGAUAUGCACUGGUUUCCAGCUCUUUGAGAAUCUCUGAUAAUUAGUAAUUGAUUUCACUGGGAAAGGUAUGGUUUGCCAAAUUAGCCUGUUAAUUUUUGUCAGAAUCUCCGUUGGACAAACUUGCAAGUUGGAAUAGAGCUUUGUCCUGGGCUAGGGACUUCAUGAAUACAGGUUUUGUUCCAUCUGAUUUGUCUCUGCUGUCCAUGGCUCCUUCCUGCUCUAAAGAACAGCAGUGUUGUUCCACAGGCCAUUAGCUUUAGGGAGGACAAGAUGAAAAGCCCAGGUCAUCAUUACAAAAGUCUCUAAUAUUUUCUUUUCAGACAAGAUGCUGUUCAAUUUGCAUUUAUCAGAGCUGUGGGAUUAGUUACCUUGUACAUAAGUGCUGUUUUGCUUCUUCCCUUUGGAAGUCAGGACUCCUGAUCCUCAUUCUUGCUGCCUGUACAGAAAACAAUUGUGUAAUGUGUUGUCAGAAUGUUGUAUUUUGUCUUCAUGGUGCUCCACAUGGAAAAUAAACUGCUCUUGUUAGGCUCAAGUGAUGCAGGAGGUGAUGGUAUGAGCGUGGAAUUUUUCUGAUGGCCUCUGCUGAUCAUCCUUUUUUUGUGUAGUUUUCAAAGUAGCCUCUUUAAUUACAAAAUGAAAAAAAAUAGUAGGUUUUAAAGGUAAUUUGUAAGUACAUUGCAAAGUAAAACAAUUAAAAAUUUGGACAGUCUCCUAUGAAAAAAAUGACCUGGUUGAAAUCAGAGGUGCCCUCAGAUUGUGGACUUUGAAAGAUAGCAGAGGAUUCAACUAAUGUUGAAUUAGUGGCAAAUUGCAAACAUAUUAGUUCACUGUAUCAUUUGAAUUACUAAGCGGGUGAAAAAACUAGAAGUGGCUCUUCAGUGGAAGUGAAAUUUCUCUUUCACAUUCUAUAAUAUGGUCCUGUGGCUGGGACCAUGCAUAGCAAUGAGAUGUGCAGAAGAGCAAAUUGAUUUGCAAGGAUUCCUGACUGGGCAAUUCUAAGUUAUGAUGAAAAGCAAGCUCUUUGUGAUUAUGGUCAAAGUUGCAUGCCCUUCUGUUUGUGCACAUGCAAUCAUAUCCUCUACCUUGUGCAGCUGGAUAAGUAAGAAUCUAAUAGGUGAUCUGCAAGUGGAAAUAGGGAGCUACAGUAAUAUAUAUCACUCGUAAUAUUUUGCAUGUAGCUGCAGGAUUUUUUUUUAUUGCUCUGUUUUUUUUAGUCAUAAUCUUGCCAAAAACUGGGUUGCUUUUGUGUAUGAGUUGUAAAGUAUUUGUGUUUAGUCUGUAUUUGCCUUAAGCAGCAAUUGGAAGACCACAGAGCACUAGAAAUUAUGCUUGCAGAAUAAUUGCAUCUUUCACAAGACUCCAUAUUACAGCAGAAGUGGGAAAAGUUUGUUCUGCAGCUCCUAAACUUUUGUCCUGUGAGCUCAAAAAUUGUCUGUUAGUCUUAGAGUGAGAGAAGAUUGCUUUUUCCUGUGAACAUGCAUGUGCUGUAUCCUGAGGCCAUCAAUGAUAAGUUACUGUUAUGAUUGCUACUGUAAAUAGUUCAACUCUAUUUUCUGAAGACAUCCUGUGUUUGUUCAAGAAUAGGUAUCUGGUAAGGGAAGAAGUCAUACAAAUGGAUAGUAGAUUAAAAAAAAAAAAAAGGAAGUGCAUCAAAUGCCGCAAAAUUGAAUCUGUUCAUGAGUUAGCUUGUUUUUUGGGUUUUUUUUUUUGAUGGAAAGACACUUCUAAUUCUUACCAUCACUAUAUGUAUAUCCACGAUGUUCUUAGUUUUUCUUCUCCCCCUAAAGUUGAAAAUGUUUGCCUAGGUGUUGAAGUUAGUUUUUUUCAUAGUGGUUUGCUGAAUAUCUGUUGCUGCAGCUUCUUUAUAAGUAUAGUCUGCUGUCUUCAACAUAGUUUAAGAUUGUAUUCAUGUGUAAUUAAAUCCAUAAAUGCUUUUGGAAAGGCUGUUCUACAGCAUCCUUUAGAGCCUUUUAAAGUAAAUAGUGCCUUUAGAUCUGCCUCCUAUUACAGUGUUUGUAUUUUGAUCAGUUUGAUUAUAUUGCAUACAAAUCAUAAAGCUAGUUAUAUUUUGUCAUAUGAAAACUUUUGAAUGCCAUUUCAUUUUUAUGGCAAGGAUUUAUAUAGUACAAAACUAUACUGAAUUUUUACUGUGUUUAUAUUGCUGGGUAUUAUGUUGUUUAAGAGUAGAAAACAACAGAGUUUAAUAGAUGUCAUAAAUUCAUACUAUGGUUCCACUCUUAUGACUAUAUAUAGCUAAAUUUCACAAAGAAGCUUUUAAAAAAGUGUUUACUAGGAUCUCAGAUGCCAUUUUGGGCAAUAGACCUUUAGGAAAUGGUAAAAUUGUGAGAGGUGAUGUAAAAAUAUCUUUUGUCAGGGAAAACAAAGCUACAUACAGCUGUGACAUGGUAUGUUGUAACCAAGAUUUUAAAAUUCUGUUUCUGGUAUUGUCACAAUUGCCUGUGUCAAUGCAGGCAAAAAUCUAGUACCUCUGUUUGCAGCAGUGUUUGUCCCAGGGCUUCCCAAACUUACAACUUGAUUUUUUAGCUUUAUUUAGUGCUACCAGUGAAUGUUUUACCUUGUUCUACCUUGUUUCACUCAAUCCUUCUGGUGUCUUCAAGAUCUCACAAAUUAUUUGUCUUGCAAUUAUUUUAUCAUGGAAUGUCCUGUUUUGGAAGGGACCCACAAGAAUCAUUGAGUCAACCUUCUCGGUGCUGCACAGGACAACCCAAAAAAUUCCAGCAUGUGCAUUUUCAAAAUCCUUCUUGAUUCAUAUACUGGGACCUUUACACAUUACAGAAGAACAACAUUGGUGGAUCUCCAGAUACAAUCCUGCAGAGCUUCUCAUCUGAAAGAGGGUUUUUUAAAAUUAGAGUAAGGAAAGUAGCAACAGCCAAUGCAAUGAAAUGUCCCACUUUCUCCUCCUCUUCUCCAAAUCAAAGUGUAAUUUAAGAGAGGGACACACAAGUCUGCCAUAUGUUUCCUGCGCUUCCAACUGGAUGCUGAUGACAGAACUGAGAGUAGCUGCUCAGUAGCAUUUCCAAAACUUAGCCUUGUGCACAUGCUGACACCAUGUUAAACAGAUCCAUAAUCUGCCAUUGGUUUCUUUAUCAAAACAAGACAACAUGUUUCCAUGCUGUAGCUGGGACUUCUACAAGGAAAUGUAGAACAAGGGGAAAUGGCUUUGAACUGGAAGAUUUAGGUUAGAUAUUAGGGAGAAAUUAUUUGCUGUGAAGAUGGUGAGGUGCUGGUAUAGGUUGUAGUGAGAAACUGUGGAUGCCCCAUCCCUGGAAGUAUUCAAGGAUAGGUUGGAUGGGGCUUUGAGCAACCUGGUUUAGUGAGACAUGUCCUCAACUUUAAAAAAUGUUGCAUCUCAGGCAAAAACCACGACCAAUUUUUUAACCAUUCUUUACACUCUAAUGUAGUCAGACAACAUACACUUCACCCUAAUGGAAGAUAAUUAUUUGUACCCCCAUUCUAAACGUGCACACACUUCCAAAACAUGUGAGAUUUUGUUUCUUAACCAGGUCUAUGUUGUAUUAGUGCUGUCUUGGAGAUCUGCUUGCUUCAUUUAGUUGUCAUCUUGGAUUUUGUGGAAGACAUUCCAGUGCAAUUCUACUUACACAUAUGUGUAAGUAAUAACCCUUCUGUACACGGUCAUACCUAGAGGCUCAACAGAGGUUGAUACUCUGUUCCAUACUGACUCAAGUCUCUGCUGUGACAAGCAAGCUACAGGCAGACAGGGAUUACCUCAAACACAUCAGUGUAUUGGGAAACCGUGCAUAUGCUCCAUUUGCACUUCUUGUCUUUGUGUGUGGAAAAAGAGGUAGGAUUUGUUGUGAAGUUGAAUCUUUAUAGGCAAAAGAUCUGGAAGCAUGGGGGGGAAAGUGAAGCAAAUGUGUUGACUAAGACUUGACAACGACUUCUGAUUAUUGACAUCAAGGUUUGUGUUUCAGGUGCUUUUGCCUUGCUCUUCAUAAGAGCUGUGUGUUGUUUUUUUCUCUGCUUGAAUUUAUUUGCCAUGGAAGAGAAUGAGUCUACAAAGAGAGGCUUAUAAGCAGAUUAGGUCAUAUAGUGGGAUGUUAGAAAGAAGUAUAUCUUAGUUUCAGUGGUCUAAAAUGUUUUCACCGUGCUUUGAACAAGAAGAUGACUCUGAAAAGGGAUCAAGUGUGGAAAUACACACCUUGUCAUAUCAGAUUAAGAAACAAUGGCCAUGGUAGGUGAGACCCCAGAUACUGGACCUCAGCCUUGCAGGAAAGAAUAAUAUACGGAUCAUAAAAGAGAGUUUUAAAUCCAAAUAACCCAGAAAUAAGAAGGUCAAAACAUAUAUUUAAAAAGAAAAAGAAAAAAAGAAGAAAACCAACCAACCAAACCCAAGCAACUAGAAAACCCAAAAAAUUACUGUGGAGUAAACUAAGCUAAACUGAGGCUCUAGGACUAUUGGAUAAUGAGCAAGAAAACCACAAUAAAAGAAACUGUUGUUUUAGGUGUGUUCUGUGCUGAAUCUGUAAUUAAUUAAUCUUUUAUAAGCCAUCACUCUCCAAUAAUAAUUUAGUGGUUGACAAAUCAGCUCUAGAUGGAGAAUAUGAAUAAAGCUCUUAGUAAGUACAACAUCUGAACAUAUUUGAAAUGCCUGUGGAAUUCUUCCUUAUGAUAGUUUUAUUAUUCAAUAUGCUUGUAUUCCCAGAUCUCACAGAUAGUGGUUCAACUUUCCCAAUGAGACACAAGCUAUUUUGUUUUUCAGCAGGCUAAACUGAGGUGUAAAAUAAAAAGAAUUUACUGAUAUUCUACAGCAAGUUUUAUGCAAGAUCUUGUGGUUCCGAAUUGCAGUGCAUAUCUUGGGUGGUUGGUGUCUGGGCAUUUGAAUACUUAUAUAAGCCUUCUGCUCUUUUUAUCAUGAAAUUAGAACAUAAUUAGAAAGAAUAUGUUGUGAUUCCCAGUUUGUUUGUGAAUUCUAGCAUGGGAUUCAGAAAAAAAGGGGUUUUGUGGCUUCUUUUGUGGGAGUUAAGGAUUUUCUCUUUGAAAAUUCUGUAGUGUGGGAAGCUCUUUCCUGAGGAAGGAAGAUGUUAGUAAUCUGCUCAAGUUCUUGAAUAAUAUUGCAAAGAAUGCCACUUAAUUUCAUGUUGUCACUUCUCUGUUCUCCUCUGACUUUUCAAGCUUUCUUUACAAGGCUGCUUUAUAUGAGCUACGUGCACCAGACAGCAAAAAGGUGCACUCUUUGCUGGAUUAAAAACUGCCUGGAUGGCUGGUGCCAGAGAGUGGUGUGUUUUAGAGCACUUUGCUGCAAGGGACCGCCACCACCACGACCUGAGUAUGACUUGGUUUGCAUAGGCCUCUCUGGUUCUGGCAAGACAAGUCUUCUGUCUCAGCUCUGCAGUGAAAGCCCGGAGAAUAUCGUGUCUACCACAGGUUUUAGUAUAAAAGCAGUGCCAUUCCAGAAUGCAAUUUUGAACGUAAAAGAACUUGGAGGAGCUGACAAUAUCAGGAAAUACUGGAGUCGUUACUACCAAGGAUCCCAAGGGGUAAUAUUUGUACUAGACAGCGCCUCCUCUGAAGAUGAUCUAGAAACUGCUAGGAAUGAGCUGCAUUCUGCUCUUCAGCACCCACAGUUAUGUACUUUGCCGUUUUUAAUACUGGCCAAUCACCAAGACAAGCCAGCAGCUCGCUCAGUACAAGAGAUUCUUCUGCAGUGUCUUUGUGAAAUAUGUGCUUCACAGAGCUUAGUACCAAGUAUGGAGAGCCAAAAAUUGGCCGUCAGACAGUCUGAAGCACAUGCAGAUACUUUAAUGAUAAAAAAAUAUUUUGAACUUGAGCCACUUGCACGUGGAAAGCGCUGGAUUCUUAAACCCUGCUCCUUGGAUGAUAUGGAGGCAGUAAAAGACAGCUUCUCCCUUCUAAUAAACUUGCUAGAAGAGAGAGACUUCGAACCUUCAAGAAUGUGAAAGCCAAGAGAAAGAAGAGGUUCCCACGCAUUGCUGUACCUGCUCCCUCUGUCACAGCUUAAUUACAGUGUAGUAUCAAGGCUGAGCUGUGAUAUGUUGUUCAUACAGAGUUAAUGCAGAAUGUCCUUUGGUUAAAAUAAAUGUUCUGUGAAUCAGGUACACAGCUAUUUCCAGUAAAGUUGUCUACACUACUGAAGUAGAAAGUUCCUCUUUGUUUACCACUAUUUCUGCACACCACAUGUUGCUUGCUUGCACCGUGAUCAUCCUUGGUAGAAAAAUUUACGCACACAAAAAUAACAGAGUCCGUAAAGGAGGAAUUCCACGUGUUAUCUUGAAUUUUAGAAAUAAGUAAUGUCUAAAGAAUUUACAAGUCUAAUUUAGCUUGUUUAUUGACCUCACAUUAUGGAAAAGCACAGCCACUGAGAACCUUAAUAGGAUACCUAAAAUGCAAGCAGUUUCAUGUUAAUGCAAAGGUUAUUCCUAAAGUUUUUCUAAGUGAAAACACAGUUGAGGUAGUGGACUACACGAGGUAGUGGACUACACAAGGUAGUUGAGUUUCUUCUAAAGUCACUGCAAAACCCUGCCAGAGGCAAUAUGGUAUUUUGCUGGAAGUUUGCUGAAAAUUAAAUUAACAAACAGAUGUGCACAGAUAACAGUACUUGGGGAAAUCAGCUGACAUAAACAGGUGAUCUAAGUAAAAAGAUUUUUAGAAGUAUAUGAAAGAUUUUAGAAAUAUACAGAAGUUGAAUAAAGUAAUAAUUUUAAUUGAAAGUGGUUUUCCAUAAGAAAAGCAGAGCAAAUAUCUGUUAGUUCAUCUGUGGAGGCUUUGCUGCUAGUUAAAAGUGUAAGUGAUUUUAAAUACUUCCUUUAUCACUCAUUCGUAGACUACUACUGUUAUUGUAACAUUGCCAGGGCAUCUAUCCAGUAAUUAAGGGUCUUCCAGUGUUUGUACUAUCAGCUUCUCUUUUCAAGGGGAUUAUAUCUUGUUCUUUCAAACUUCCUCUGGGUUAAAUGUUACUAAGACGAAAAAGUAGUCACUGGAAACAACAUUUGUAAUGUGUUUAGAAAAAGUUGAUUUGGGUCACAUAACACAGUCCACUUUUCUUCUUUCCAUGUUUUCCCCACUGUAGAAUUGCAGUAUUUUGGCUACCUUUUGUUGAUUUUUAAAAAACUCAUAAACUGAUUUUAUCCAUUGAAGAAACGUGCCAGGCCACUGGUUCACAGUGACAACAGGGCAUGUGCAGAUCAGUCUGGACUGUGCACGCCUUGAAUGCUGUGCCUUGCGCAUUCAGCUACCCUUGUGCAUGAGUAUCUGCAAACAGAAACUCAAGUGAGGUGUCUUUAGUUCCUCAUCAACUCUGCUUCUGUCUUGAAACACACAAUGCCUUCUUUUCGGGGCUUUAAGCAACAUUUCUUUCCACUCUGAGCAUUUAUCUUCUGUUUGAAGAUUAUUGUAUUUUCUUAUUAGUUUAUGUGGGGAUAAGAAAAUAGUAAAUAUCAGCUUUUGAAGGCUCAUAAAAGCCAUUUCCCUAUUAAUUGUAAUUUUGCUCUUUGUUAAACAAAAUGUUUCUCAUAGGUAUUUUAGUUUAUUUAUCAAUUGUCAUUAAUUUCCUGCCUUGCUCCCACUGUUGUAACUGCUUUCUAUUAUCAAAAAGAAGCUGGGAAAACUGGUAAACUCCUUGUUAAUUUUGAGAUGGAAUAGGCAGGAAGCCUGAAGGGCAUGUCCUUGCUUUAUGUUCUCUUUCCUGUCAGGUCAAUCGUCUCACUGCUAAUACUCUUGGAAACAACCAAGAACUGGAAUUGUUCAUUUUAAAGCACAGAGAAGCCCUGCUUUGAUUCAGGUCUCUCUGCACACUUUAGUCAGGACCCAGCUGCCCAUAAUUUUCUCUUGUGAGGGCUAAGAAGCUUCUCUUCCCUGGAUUUAAAGAGGAACUGGAUCUAAUUUACAUUUCCAAACUCCCUCGUUGCUGACAUGAGCUUAAAGGCUACAGACUCCCCAGAUUUCCACAAGGUCCCCAAAUUUCUGUUCUGUUCAGGGACAAAGAAAAAUAAGCGGGGAGGAGGAGUAGGAGCAUUAUUUCCAGAGAAAGCAGGCAGUUUGGGGAGGCAAAAUGAGGGAUUCCAAGCUUUUACUGCUUUUCCAUUGGCCAUUAGUUAGAAGAUGUGAAAUAACUUUUUUUUUACUAUUUUCCCCUGCUUUUGUUUAGUUAUGAACCAAAAGGUACAGGAAAUGAAAAUAAACCCAACUCUGUUGCACUCUUGAAACUGUACUUAUUUCUACCAUCAGUGAGUUUGUCUGGUUCAAAAACUCUAAUGGCUCCAACUUUUGGUAGUGAUCUCCUGACUAUGCACUGUUUGAAGGUGCUACAUAAUUUACAUGAAAAUGCCCAAGAAGUCCUUGAUAAUGUGGUUUGGGAGAAUGCUAGUGGCCAUUUAGACUAGGACCUUUUGAUAUGUCAAUGUUUUUUCUUUAGGCAAAUGUCAACUGCACAGAAGCAGUGAUUUUAAUUUUCAGAAUUAUUUUGAGUAUGCUUUUUCUUACUAAAAUAGUGAUCAUUCCUCAUCACAGGUUGAACAAUACCUCAUAACUGCUGAAGGCUAAGACCAACACUUUACUUUGAAUGUAGUACUUCUGUGGUUUUGUGUUGUAGAUGGACUUAAUGGAUGUGUACCUUUUAAAUGUCUAUAAACAACUUCACCUUUUUAUGAGGGGAUAACAAUGUUCAUAGCAGCUCAUGUCACACUUCCUUGUCUAUAGUGUUGUUGAAUGCUCUAGCUAUGGUAGAAUAUGUAAGCACCAUGCAGUUUUCAAAUAACCAAUCUUAACUGCUUUGGGUUUUGGUUUGUUUGUUUGUUUUAAUCUUUUCACAUGUGUUUGUCAUUUAGGUGGAAUAAACUUGGGCACUAGGCUCUACUUUCCAUGCAAGUUCAUUAAGGAGUGAACAUUGUCUUUUUAAAAAAAGAUAUUGUGCUUUAAUGUUCUUUAGCCAUCUGUUAAAUUACUUUGUGUGUGUGUGUGUGUGUGUGUGUGUGUGUGUGUGUGUGCCCACACUGGGCUUCUUCUCAGACCUAUGGCUGUCUGCGGUGUCUCAGCCGUCAGAAUGAAAACAUUAUCAAUCAGUAUCCAACAACAGCUGGUUUUGACAACCUUCUGUCUGCUGCCUAAUGCUUUACAACUCAUCAGUAAGGCUUCUUUGUCUGCCCACUCUGAGCUGGUAAUUUUAAGUGCUUCAUGUUGUGUCCUGUACUUGUACUUUUAGCAUUUUAUGGCUUAAAAGUUAAGUCUUAGUGGGUUUUGAUAUUCUUUCUUGCUGUAUAAUGCUCCAUGUGUAUCUUAGCUUGCCUAUUCAAAUGCGCUAUACAAAAAUCUGUGAUGUAUUAUUUCGUUUAACUUCUUGCAUUUCAUUAUAUUUAUAGAAGUUGCAGAUUUUUGUACCAUAUUACUUAAUACAGUUGCCUUUUUGUAAUGGCAAUUAAUUUAUAUUACAAAAGUUUGUAUCUUUACUGUAGUCGAAAGUAUUAGUUAACUGUCAUAUUAUCUUGACUUUAUACUUAAAAUACAGUAUCAACAGAAGUUGACCCAAUCAAGUGGUCAACUGCUGACAUGGGGAACUUGUACUGUUUGUGAUUUAUACAUGAUUUCCACUAUCAAAAAAAAAAAAAAAAAGAAAGAAAGAAAGAAAAAAAAAAUAAAAUAAACACUGUGUAGAACUCA